CUCAUUUCUGCUACCGCCAAGAGUCGACGGGCGCUGACACUCAGAAAACUCCGUGCUCGGGAGUGCACUCCGCGUCUCCGCCGACGCCGAACGCCGCCGAGGCCAGAACAGAACGCCGCUGACCCGCCGUGAGACCGUUAAGCCGCUACCCUCGGAGUCGCCGCUGUUUUUAUCAAGGAGCCAGAGAAACAUGUGUUUCAUCUCGCUACAGAUAAGCUGAACUUUGGAGGCAUGUACAUGUGGUUCUAGUUAAAAUCCCUUUGGGAAGCCACCCUAGGCAUACAUGUUGAAGUACAGAAACCCUAAGCAUCUUUCGAUGCUUAAUCACCUUCGGUUUUAUCUUCCCAAGGCUUACCAUUGGUUCUUUUCAACUCCUUCGCAUCUGCAAUUGCUCCACCAUAAAUCAUCCAUUGGUCCUUUGGUCUUCUCUGUCUCCUUCUUCUCUACCAAAGCCUUAGAACCCAACCCGGUUUUCUACAACUACCUGAUCGAAACCUUGAAAUUCCCCAAAUCCAAAGCCCACGACGCAUCUUGCCGCUUGCCAUGGAUCAAAACCCUAGAAAAACCCAAAUCCGUGGUCCAGUACCUCAGAUCGAUCGGCUUCUCGGACGCCCACGUCCAAACCCUAGUGCGCUCCGCCCCGCAGCUCCUCUGUGUCGACGUCGAGAAGACGCUGAAACCCAAAAUCGCUCUGCUCCAAGAGCUCGGCCUCUCCGGCGACGAUGUUGGUAAGUUCACCUCAGUGCAGCCGUAUCUGUUAACUCGUAGUUUGGAUUCCGUGAUCCGGCCGUCCAUUGCGUUCAUCAAGGAGUUCAUCAAAGACGAAUCCGACAACCGUAACUUGUUUCUGGUCUUAAGGAGGUGUCUUUGGAUCCUCUCCAAAAGACCAGAGGACAUGCUGCUUCCCAAUGUCCAAUACCUGAGGAGUUGCGGCAUCGCCGGGUCCCAGCUUGAGAGACUCUUUAGAAGGCAGCCUAGAAUCUUCACCAUGUCUCUACCCAUGCUCAAGGACCUAGUUUCCAGGGUUUCUGAUAUGGGGUUUUCGAACGAUUCCAAAAUGUUUGUUCAUGGCCUGCAUUCUCUCAGCUGCAUAUCCAGCGAGACGUACACGAGGAAACUAGAGCUUUUCAAGAGCUAUGGCUUCUCAGAGAAAGAGUGUUUGUCAGUGUUUAGGAAGUCCCCAUCAGUUCUGAGGACUUCCGAGGACAAGUUGAGGCUUGGGAUUGAGUUUUUCUUGAACAGAAUUGAAGCCGGGAAAUCUUUGCUGCUGGCUCGGCCUUCGGUGUUGAUGUUCAGCAUGGAAGAGAGAGUGUUUCCCAGGCACCAGGUUUUGAAUCUUCUCAUGGCCAAAAAGCUUUUGAAGAAAGAACCCAGUUUUGUUAAUGCCAUUUUUUUGCCAGAAGCAGAGUUUCUGGGGAAAUAUAUUGCAAGGUUUCCUGCAGAAGCUGAAGAACUGUUGAUGGCCUACAAGGGUCAUCUUCUAGUCUAGAUUCUGAAAAAUUCAAUUCUUUUUCUUGCCCAAAUACAUCAUGUAGUGUCCAUUACAUCAAAAUGUCAUCAAAAUGUACUCUAGUAUGUAGUUUGAUUUUUAAGGGCGAAUAGUUUGAUAUUUAAGGGCUUGAUAUUGGAACAAAAGGUCAUAAUGUGA